UGGCUCGAUGAGUGCUUUGAACGUCGUGUCGGGAAAUGCGACGCAAAUGCUGUGAGUACUGCUGGAGCCGCUGGUUAUCGAGUGGCACUAGCUCGGUGUGACUAUCGAAGAUCGCAUACUUCAUCCGAAGGGGCGAACCCUCUGAUUGGAGCUCCAGUGGAUGAUGCUCCAUCACGGCUACAACUGGUUUCGACUCUUGGAUACCUUCAAACGCAGUGCGCGUUGAGUCGAAGUAAAAACUGCUCCAGUGAACAUGUACAUAAUAUUAUGUCACAAUGUGAAGAGCGUAUGAAGCCUCGAGCAGGAUAUCCUCAGUUCGACAGACACAGAUUGCUUCGGAUCAAACUUGAUACCUCGAAAAAACUGCUGCUGUAUUCGGAAACGGACAAGGAACGGGAAUGUCUGGUGGUUCGGUCGACGCUUUCUGAAAUAUACACACUUCAUCAUGCCCAUUGCUAUCAU